CAAGUCUUCUGCUACGUUCUCUAUCUCCAUAGCAUGGGUGGCCUCCCCCCUGGAUUCCGGUUCUUCCCCUCCGACGAAGAGCUUGUCGUCCAUUUCCUAUAUCCCAAGGCAUCACUCUUGCCAUGCCACCCUGACAUCAUCCCCAGCCUCAACCUUCGCCAUGUUGAUCCUUGGGACCUUGAUGGUAAAGCACUGCAAGGUGGUAACCAGUGGUAUUUCUUCAGCCAGAGGAUCCAAAACAGAGUAUCGCCGAAUGGCCAUUGGAUGCCGAUCGGAAUCGAUGAGCCCAUAACAAGCAGCAACAAGGUUGUUGGCAUGAAGAAGACAUUAGUGUUCUACAUUGGUGAAGCCCCCUGUGGGGUAAAAACUAACUGGGUGAUGCUUGAAUACCAUCUGUUGGACAGUUCUACCAACUCUAGCAGCAGUGGUAAUAGGUCCUCUAAGAAGAGAGGACACCAAAGAAUAGUUUCUGACAACUGGAUCAUUUGUCGAGUCUAUGAAGCAAGCUGUGAUUCAGUUCCAAGCUUUUUAAACGAUGAGACAGAGCUCUCGUGCUUGGAUGAGGUGUUCUUGUCCUUGGAUGAUCUUGACGAGAUAAGCUUGCCCAAUUAAGAUAUGGAGAUUGUCAUUAAACUCAGGGUUUAGUCAUGUAACUCUAAUGAUGUGUUGCUUCCAAUGGUAUUAGUAUGCUUUGAAGAACUCAAGCCCAUCAUGUGCGUGUGUUUUUUUGUUGUUGGAGUAGAUCAUGUGUGUAACUAUCCGUUCUUAAUUUUGUUAGAAAUGUCAUCGAAGUGUGAUAUAGGUUUUUGAAGAAGGAAAGGUUCCUAAGUUAAGAUCCAUCAAUGUAAUUAGAUUCCUCUAAAAAGGACUGUAAUCUUUCAUGUCGUUCACUAGCUAUGACAUCGUU